UCAGCCAAAUCAGUUCUCGAGUCGCUCGGAAAUUUAAAUCCUCGAAGGAUGGCUCUUCAGAUGGAAGAUGAUGCAGAUUUGGAGCAGAUUCUCAGAGAAAAAUUCACGAGUGAAUUUCGCAAAGGCUACGUCACUGUGGAUGGCGUCUGUUUGCCACAGAGAUACGAGGAAUUCGCGAAAGCGAUUGAGGAUUUUGAAGUCAAGGACGACGACGUGUGGGUCUGCAGCUUCCCUAAAACUGGUACAACGUGGACCCAAGAAAUGAUCUGGUGCAUCGCGAACAAUUUGGAUUUCGAAGCAGCGAGAGUCCUCUUGCCGGAAAGAUUUCCAUUUCUGGAGCAUUCGAUUCUCUUCGAUUACACGACGAUCAUACCUCGUCAUCCGGAAAUAAAGCUUCACGAGCUGGUCUCCGACAGCGUGAAUUACGUGAAGACUCGGAGCAGUCCGCGUUUCAUCAAAACCCAUCUGCCAUUCCGCUUGCUACCGCGACAGCUACGGACAGGCGAGAAGAAGCCGAGGAUUGUCUACGUCGCUAGAAACCCAAAAGACACCUGUGUCUCUUAUUAUCAUCACUGCAGAUUGCUGGAGGGCUAUCGCGGGGACUUCAAUAGCUUCUGUCGUCUUUUCCUGGGCAUGAAAGUGUGCUUUGCGCCAUUCUGGGACCAUAUCCUUGGUUUUUGGAACAGGAGAACUGAUUCCAAUGUAUUAUUCUUAAAGUACGAGGACAUGAAAUCUGACUUGCCAUCGGUGAUUCAUCGUUCCGCCAAGUUUUUGAACGUGACUCUGUCGGAUGAUCAAGUGAAAGCGCUGAUGGAGCAUCUCAGUUUUGCUAAUAUGAAGUCGAAUCCCUCGGUGAACUACGAGGAAGCGGUCGAGAUGAAUCGCAAGCUGAAAUUGAUCGACGUCGAUGGCGACUUUAUCCGAAGUGGCAGAGUGAAUCAGUGGCAGGGAGAAAUGGCUGAGAGUGUGAUCGAAGAGUUUGAUCAACAAACGACGGAACAACUGUCAUCGCAGAAUCUCUUCUUUUAAAUGAAAGAAUAAUCUUUCGUACCACAGUAAUUGUUUAAUAAUUCCAUUGUAAAGUCUUCGAUUCCAGCUCGACGCUACGAAGAAUUCUAGGCAUACUGGUUCUACAGAGUUCCGGGAUCGAAGCUUUGGUUUUGGGAGUGACGACAGAUUUAUCGCUACCCCUUUCCAUCAAAACGACUGCCGUGUCCCUUUUCCUUGAUAAAAUGGCUAGCUGAAGAGCCGUGAGACCUGCAUUGUCCUUCGUAUCUACUUCAGCACCGCGGUCCAACAAA